GGAUCCACAGCCUCCGGCCCCUACCGGAAGCCGGGCCCGCGUCCUCCGAGCACUGGGACCGGCCGCCAGCGCCCCGUGCCCCGCACCUGGUCUCCAGGAUCAUGUGGUACAUCAGCACCCGGGGGACGGCCCCCCGGGUCGACUUUGAGGGGGCCCUGUGCUCUGGCUAUGCACCGGAUGGGGGCCUCUACAUGCCAGAGGAGCUGCCCCAGCUGGACAGAGAGACCCUGCGGCACUGGAGCUCGCUGUCUUACCCCAGCCUGGUGAAGGAGCUCUGUAGCCUCUUCAUCAGGCCUGAGCUCAUUCCGAGGGAGGACUUGAAUGAUCUGAUUGACCGAGCCUUCAGCAGAUUUCGAUCCGGAGAUGUGGUCCAUCUGCGUAAGCUGAAGAAUGAGCUGAAUGUGUUGGAGCUGUGGUACGGGGUCACAUAUGCCUUUAAGGACUUGUCCCUGUCCUGCGCCGCUCAGUUCCUGCAGUACUUCCUGGAGAAAAAGGGGAAGCAUGUCACUAUAGUCGUAGGAACUUCCGGGGAUACAGGAAGUGCUGCCAUUGAGAGUGUUCAGGGGGCAAAAAAUGUGGACAUCAUCGUUCUGCUGCCCAAAGGUCACUGCACAAAGAUUCAGGAGCUGCAGAUGACAACGGUGCUGAAGGAGAAUGUCCACGUGUUUGGAGUGGAGGGAAACAGUGACGAGCUGGAUGAGCCCAUCAAGGCCAUGUUCACGGAUGUGGCUUUUGUCAAGAAGCACAACCUAAUGAGCCUGAAUUCAAUCAACUGGUGUCGAGUCCUCGUGCAAAUAGCCCACCACUUCUUCGCUUACUUCCAGUGCUCGCCAUCCUUGGACAUGCACCCCCUGCCCUUCGUGGAAAUGGUUGUCCCAACAGGAGCUGGCGGCAACCUUGCAGCUGGGUGCCUGGCUCAGAAGAUGGGACUGCCAGUCCGCCUGGUGGCGGCAGUGAACCACAAUGACAUCAUCCACAGGGCCAUCCAGCGGGGGGACUUCUCUCUGUCUGCGGCUGUCAGACCAAGCUUGGCAUCAGCCAUGGACAUUCAGGUGCCCUACAACAUGGAGAGGAUCUUCUGGCUGUUCUCUGGCUCCAACAGCCAGGUGACAAGGGCCCUCAUGGAGCAGUUUGAAAGGACCCAAAGCCUGCAUCUACCCAAGGACCUGCACAGCAAGCUUUCAGAGGCCAUGACAUCUGUGUCAGUGUCGGAUGAGGCCAUCACCCAGGCCAUGGGUCGCUGCUGGGAAGAGAACCAGUACUUGCUGUGCCCUCACUCAGCUGUGGCCGUGAGCUACCAUUAUCAGCAGAUGGACGGGCGACAGCCCAGUGCUCCUCAGUGUUGCCUGGCCUCAGCCUCUGCAGUCAAGUUCCCAGAAGUAGUCCUGGCUGCCGGGCUGACCCCCAAGAUACCGGAAGAAAUCCUAGCUCUGGAGCGCAAGGAGACACGCUGCACUCUGAUGAAGAGAGGAGAUGACUGGACUCGGAUGCUUCGGGCCACAAUUGAGGACCUAAGCAGGCAAUGGAGGGAUCGAUCCUUGAAUGUCUCAGAGUAGCCCUGCUGGAGCUGGCCUCUGAUCGUGGGGAGGAAGAGGAAACGAGGACCCAGACGUGGGCCCAGAAAACAGCAUGGGAAGGCGCCACCUGCAAUCUAAAGAGAAGCUUUAGCCACUGGCACCUGGAUCUCAGGCGUCCAUCCUUCAGCACUGGAAGGAAAUAAAUUUCUGUCUGCUAAAACCA